ACACUCACACACAAUACCAUGAAGCCUAUAUAAAUCAUUGAGUACUUAUGUCUUUUCUAUCAUAUGUUGUAUGGUCUGUCUAUAACCACUAAGAUUUUAACGUUAUUAAAACUUUAAAACUCCCCGCUGCUGGAGUGUCAGUGCAGUUCCACCAGUCACCAGCAGGUGUCUUCAAGACCUCAUGAGUAACCCUACACCCUGCUCACUCCGUCUCUCCCCGGCUUUGAGCGCUCUCUUAUUACCGUAGAGAGUGUAAUAUACGCGCGCCCGCACGCACACACACACACACACACACACACACACACACAGUAUGCGGAUGUGGAUGUAUGCAGUCGGUGUGUUAGUGUUAGAGCUGCAGAAUGAAACACAUCCCGAGUUACAGGCGCGUGCAGGGGAACAGAGAGAGAUGUAAAGGGUUUAAUUUAAACGCAGUGAGAUGCGGCGGUGAUUAAUAAAUCGGUGCCUGGGAGCGGUGUGUGUGUGUGUGUGUGUGUGUGUGUGUGUAGGUUGAGCUGAGUCUGUGCAGCAUUCAGUCGGUAAAACUGCACACAUGAGCGAUUUUACAGGAGCACCGGCGAGUCAUUUCCGUGCCUCGGACUGGGCGGUGAGUGAUGCGCGCGCGGACAUGAUGGACACACACAGGGGCAUGAUGGACACACACAGGGACAUGAUGGACACACACAGGGACAUGAUGGACACACACGGCAUGUUGUUAGGCCUCACUGAAGAUGCUGCCUACUCGGACGCGGACUAUCUGGACCCGAACUACACAGACGGCGAAGAGCCAGCGGCCAGGACGCGCCCCAGCACGCGCAGCCGGUCCGGAGAGGUGACUGAACUUGAGGCACAGGAAGUGCGCUGGUUCUACAGAGAGGACAAGAGGAACUGGAAGCCGUUUGUUGGACACGACUCUCUGAAGAUCGAGCUGGCUCACCGGACACUGUGCGCGCUGAGGGAUGCGCGUGAGGGCGUGUUUGAGCCGGAGGACAGUGUGUGUGAGAGUGUGUGUGAGGACGCGGGUGUGGAGGCGGUGUGUGUGCGCGGGGGACUGUACGAGGUGGAUGUGAAGGGGAAGGAGUGUUAUCCGGUCUACUGGAACCAGCAGGAGCGUAUCCCGGUGAUGAGAGCUCAGUGGUUUACAGACGGGACGUGGCUGCCCCUGGACGAGGAGGACGGAGAUCUGAUAGAACAGGAGCAUUUAACAAAAUUUAGGGGACAUCGAAUAGAAGAUUCUCUCGAAACAGAGGGAGUGAGCGCCGCCCCGGAGAGCAAGGAGGUGGUGCACAGUGUGAAGCUGAGUCGUAGCCAUGUAGAUUGGCACAGUGUGGAUGAAGUUUAUCUGUACAGUGACGCCACAACGUCCAAAAUCGCUCGCACCGUCACACAGAAACUCGGCUUCUCCAAGGCCUCCAGCAGUGGGACACGUCUCCAUCGUGGUUACGUGGAGGAGGCGGCUCUGGAAGACACGCCCCCUGCAGCCACCCACAUUGUGUUUGUGGUGCAUGGGAUUGGUCAGAAAAUGGACCAGGGGAGGAUCAUCAGGAACACUAGCAUGAUGCGUGAUGCUGCGAGGAAAAUGGCGGAGAAACAUUUUUCAGACAGAACGACGGAGCAUGUGGAGUUCCUGCCUGUGGAGUGGAGAUCUAAACUCUCUCUGGAUGGAGACACAGUGGACACGAUCACCCCUGAUAAAGUACGAGGACUGAGAGACAUGCUGAACAGCAGCGCUAUGGACAUCAUGUACUACACCAGUCCACUGUACAGGGACGAGAUAACGCGAGGUCUGACCUCAGAGCUGAAUCGUCUCUACACACUGUUCUGUUCCCGUAACCCUGAGUUUGAGGAGAAGGGCAGGGUGUCUAUCGUCUCCCACUCGCUCGGCUGCGUCAUCACAUACGACAUCAUCACCGGCUGGGACCCCGUCCGCUUACAUCAUCAGGAAGCACCGGUCGCCGUGGAGACGGAUCCUCUGUGGCGCAGCAGCCAUGAACAGAGACUGGUGGAGGAGCUUCAUCUCACACGCAUGAGGUUGAGGGGUUUGGAGGAUCAGUUUCAGAGCCUGAAGUCCUCCAGGAAUUCUCCAGCACUAAAAUUCAAGGUGGAGAACUUUUUCUGCAUGGGUUCUCCCCUGGCCGUGUUCUUGGCUCUGCGUGGGGUUCGUCCUGGUUCCUGCAGGACUCAGAACCACAUCCUGCCACGCUCCAUCUGUAACAGACUCUUCAACAUCUUCCACCCCACAGACCCAGUGGCGUACAGACUGGAGCCUCUGAUCCUGAAACACUACAGUAACGUGGCUCCUGUGCAGAUACACUGGUACAACACUAGCAGCCCUGCCCCAUAUGAUGAGAUGCGGGCAGUAUUUCUGACUCCUCUCAAAGAGUGUGUGUCUCUGUCAGAGGGCGAGAACACACCGAGUCCCUGCACAUCCCCCCCACAGCAGCGCAGAGUGGGAGAGUCCAUUACCAACCUGGGAAGAGCUAGCAUCAUGGGAGCGGCGAGC